ACAUCAUUAUAAUUGGAUUCAAGUGAUGAAUUAUCCAUCACUCAUUAGAACCUGGGUGGCCUUUGUGUUCAUGAUUGUACGGCAGCAAGCUCAGUCCAUGGAGAUUCUGUAUCCGUUCUGGCAGAACGAUACGAAAACCCCCAAAGUAGAUGAUGGAAGCUCCUCUGAGAUUAAGCUGUCCAUCCCGUUCAUCUUCUUUGGAGUUCCAUACAGGAGCAUUUAUGUCAACAACAAUGGCGUGAUUUCUUUCAAUGUGCUGGUCAGCCAGUUCACCCCAGAGCCUUUCCCGCUUGCAGAUGGCAGGGCCUUUAUUGCUCCAUUUUGGGCAGACGUCCACAAUGGAAUCCGAGGAGAAAUCUACUACAAGGAGAGCAUGGACCCUGCCCUGCUGAAGAAGGUCUCCAAAGACAUCAGGAAGUACUUCAAGAACCUGCCCUUUUUCUCAGCCACCUGGCUCUUUGUUGUCACCUGGGAGGAAGUGACCUUCUAUGGAGGCAGCAGCACGACCCCUGUGAACACCUUUCAAGCUCUCCUGAUUUCAGAUGGGGUGUCCACAUUUGCUAUGUUCAAUUAUGAAGAAAUCAUGUGGACCACUGGAACAGCGAGUGGGGGAGAUCCUUUAACCGGACUCGGUGGAGUGAUGGCCCAGGCAGGAUUCAACGGUGGAAACAGCACCAAUUAUUUUAGCAUUCCUGGUUCCAGAACCCCGGAGAUAAUUAAUAUUGAAGAUACAACCAAUGUUAAUGUCCCUGGACGCUGGGUAUUCAAAAUAGAUGGGAGAGAAAUUGACCCAGCCAAUGGCUGCAGCCUGAGAGGGCAGUUUCUCCAUCCAGGCGAGAUAUUCUGGGACAACACCAACUGCUCCACCAAGUGUCGUUGCCUGGACUUUAACAAUGAGAUCUUCUGCCAGGAGAUGGCUUGCGGCCCCUAUGAAGUGUGUGAGCCGAAGGACAAGUUCUACCAAUGCGUGCCAGUGGAGAGCAGCACCUGCGUGGUGUUUGGAGACCCACACUACCACACCUUCGAUGGCUUCCUCUUUCACUUCCAGGGUUCCUGUGCCUACCUCCUCACCCGGCAGUGCUGGCCAGAAUCUAACCUGCCCUUCUUCAGCGUGGAAGCCAAGAAUGAGAACCGAGGUGGCUCCUCCGUCUCUUGGUUGAAGGAUAUCUCGGUGGAGGUUUAUUCUCACAAGAUUGUUAUCCCCAAAGGGAGCUUUGGGAAAGUUAAGGUAGACGAUUUGGUGAUGUCCUUACCCCUCUCCUUGGAACUGGGGGCGAUAAAAAUCUACCAGAGUGGUUUGUCAACUGCGGUGGAGACUGAUUUUGGCGUCUUGGUGACCUAUGACGGGCAACACUAUGCCUCCAUCUCUGUCCCGGGCACCUACAUCAAUGCCACCUGUGGGCUGUGCGGGAACUAUAACAAGGAUCCUCAGGAUGAUACCCUUCGCUCGGACGGGAGGCCAGCGGUGUCGGUGCUGGACCUGGGGGAGAGCUGGCGAGUUUACCAUCCAGAGUGGAAAUGCUCCCCAGGAUGCUUAGACAAUUGCAGCUUCUGCGACUCUGCCAUGGAGUCUCUGUAUUUCACCCCCGAGUACUGCGGCUUCAUCAAUAAGAGCGGCGGCCCCUUGUGGGAAUGUGGCGCCAUUGUGGACCCCACGGCCUUUGUCCACAGCUGUGUGUAUGACCUGUGCAGCAUCCGGGACAACGGCACCGGCCUCUGCCAGGCGAUCCAGGCUUACGCCUUGGUGUGCCAAGCCCUGGGGAUUCCAGUGGGAGACUGGCGAACCCAGACAGGAUGUGCUACAGCUGUCCAGUGUCCAGAAUUCAGCCACUACUCAGUCUGCACCAACAGCUGCCCAGCCACGUGUUCGGAUCUAACAGCCCCGCUGGCCUGCAACUCCCCUUGCACCGAGGGCUGUGAAUGCAACGAAGGUCAUGUCCUUAGCACAGACCAGUGCGUCCCCAUCCACAAGUGUGGCUGCGAUGUCGAUGGCAGGUACUAUGCCAUAGGGGAGUCUUUCUGGGCCGCCGCAGACUGCACGGUGCAGUGCCGGUGCGAGGACAAUGCAGAGAUCACCUGUUUGAAUGCCAGCUGUCGGGAAGGAGAGGUGUGUGCGGUAGAGAACGGCUACCGGGGCUGUUACCCCAAGCGAGAGACCUUGUGCUUGGUGAGCCAGAACCAGGUGCUGCAGUCCUUUGACGGGGUGGCGUUCAUGUUCCCUGCAGAGCAUUCCUACACCCUGCUCAAAACCUGCUCAGAGAGACCGCACUUCCUGGAGGUUGACAUCAGCAAAAAGAAGCCCGAAUCCAGGCCUAACUGGCUCCGACCCCUGAGGAUCCAGGUAGCUGGCCAGGAGGUCAAAGUUGGAGGUUCCGGCGCAUCUGAAAUCAAGGUAAAUGGCUAUGAAGUGGAGCUGCCAUUUUUCCUGCCCUCCGGCCAGUUGGAAAUUUACCAGAGCAAAAACGGCACGGUGAUUGAGUCUGAAGGGCUUGUGAGGAUCCAGUACUCCAACCUAGGCAUGUUAAAGAUACGCCUCUCGACCGUCUACUUCAAUUGCACUGCCGGACUGUGCGGCUUCUUUAACGGGAACAGCAGCGACGAGUUCUGCUUCCCCAAUGGCAAGUGCACGGACAACCUGGUAGUUUUCCUGCAGAGCUGGACCACCUUCGACGAGAUCUGCAACGGGGAGUGUGGGGACCUGCUCAAGGCCUGCAACAAUGACUCGGAGUUGCUCAAGUACUACCGGAGCCGCUCCAAGUGCGGAAUCAUCAACGACCCCACCAACAGCUCCUUCCUGGACUGCCACAGCAUGGUCAAUGCGUCGGCCUACUACAGAACGUGCCUCUUCCGCCUGUGCCAGAGCGGGGGCAAUCAGUCGGAGCUCUGUGACUCGGUGGCUCGAUACGCUAGCGCCUGUAAGAACGCGGAGGUGGAGGUUGGCCAGUGGAGGAGCUUCAACUUUUGCCCUCUCCAGUGCCCUGAAAAUAGCCACUUCGAGGAGUGUAUGACCUGCACUGAGACCUGCGAAACCCUGGUCAUCGGCCCCGUCUGCAUGGACACCUGCAUGGAGGGCUGUCAGUGCGACGAGGGCUUUGCCUUCCAAGGGUCCCAGUGUGUCCCCAGGAGUGAGUGUGGCUGUAAUUUUGAGGGGCAUCAGCUCUCCACCAAUCAGACCUUCUGGAUGGACAUUGACUGCCAGUUCUUCUGCUACUGCAACGGGUCUGACAACAGCGUGCACUGCGAGAACAUCUCCUGCAAGGAUAAUGAGUACUGCCUGGAGGAGAACGGCCUCUACUACUGCCAGCCCCGCACGGAUGCCUCCUGCAUCAUCUCCGGCUAUGGCCAUUACUUGACCUUUGAUGGGUUCUCAUUUGACUUCCAGAGCAGCUGCCCACUGGUCCUUUGCACAACGCUCUCCAGGCAGCGGGUGGAGAGGUCAGAUACUUUCCCCGGAUUCACUGUUACAGCCAAGAAUGAGGACCGGGACCCGUCCCUGGCCUUGUGGGUGAAGCAAGUUGAGGUGAACGUCUUCAAUUAUAACAUAGUCAUCCACCGGGCCUACAAAUACACGGUGCUGAUUAACAAUGAGCGUCUCUACCUGCCCUUGAAGCUGGGCCAAGGGAAGGUGAACAUCUUUGCCUUUGGCUUCCACAUUGUGGUGGAGACCGACUUUGGGCUCAAGGUGGUGUAUGACUGGAAGACCUUCCUCUCGGUCACCGUCCCACGAAGCCUCCAGAACAACACCUAUGGCCUCUGUGGCCGCUACAACGGCAAUCCUGGUGAUGAACUAGAGACCUCCAGCGGGCUGCUGGCCUCCAACAUCAAUGACUUCGGCCAGAGCUGGGUGAAGCGGGACACCUUUUGCCAGGUGGGCUGUGGUGACAGGUGCCCCACCUGCAGUAAGGUGGAAGGGUUCUGGAAACCCCAGCAGCUGUGUAGCCUAAUCCCCAGCAAAAGCAGCGUCUUCGCCAAGUGCCAUAGCAAAGUCAACCCUGGCUUCUUCUACAAGAACUGCCUGUUUGACACCUGCAUCGAUGGGGGAGCUGUCCAAACCGCCUGCAGCUGGCUGCAGAAUUACGCCAGCACCUGCCAAACCCAGGGAAUAGCCAUCACCGGCUGGAGGAACUUCACCUCGUGCUCUGUCAGCUGUCCUCCCAACAGUCACUAUGAGAGCUGUGUGACUGUGUGCCAGCCCCGCUGUGCUGCCAUUCGGCUGAAAAGUGACUGUAACCAUUACUGCGUGGAAGGGUGCCAGUGUGACCCUGGUUACGUCCUGAACGGCAAGAGUUGCAUCCUUCCCCACAACUGCGGCUGCUACUUAGAUGGCAAAUAUUAUGAGCCCAAGCAGCUGUUCUGGAACAGCGACUGCACCCGGCGCUGCCGUUGCUUCCGCCGCAACCUCAUCCAGUGCGACCCGCGGCAGUGCAAGUCGGACGAGGAGUGUGCCCUCCGCAAUGGCGUCCGCGGUUGCUUCAGCACCAAGAGCUCCUACUGCCUGGCGGCGGGCGGCGGGGUCUUCCGCACCUUCGACGGCGCCUUCCUCCACUUCCCAGCCAACUGCGCCUUCGUCCUCUCCACCAUAUGCCAGAAGCUCCCCGACUUUUCCUUCCAGCUGAUCAUCAACUUCGACAAGUGGUCGUCGCCCAACCUCACCGUCAUCUCCCCAGUGUAUUUCUACAUCAACGAGGAGCAGAUUCUCAUCAGCGACCGGAACAUCGUCAAGGUGAAUGGCACCCAAGUGACCAUCCCCUUCAUCACCGGGCUGGCGACCAAAAUCUACAGCAUGGAGGGCUUCCUGGUGAUCGACACCAGCCCGGAUAUCCAGAUCCUCUACAACGGCUUCAACAUCAUCAAAAUCAGCAUCAGCGAGCGGCUGCAGAACAAAGUGUGUGGCCUGUGCGGCAACUUCAAUGGGGACCGGACCGACGAUUACGUCACCCUGAGGGGGAAGCCGGUCGUCAGCAGCGUGGUGCUGGCCCAGAGCUGGAAAACCAACGGCAUGCAGAAGAGCUGUAAUGAGCUCCAGUACUCCCAGUACGCCGCCGCCUGUGACAAUGUGCAGAUUCAGAAGCUGCAGAGCGAUGGCUACUGCCUCAAGCUGACGGACAUGAAAGGCUUCUUCCAGCCCUGCUACGGGCUGCUGGAUCCACUGCCCUUCUACGAGUCGUGCUUCCUCGAUGGCUGCUACAACCACAAGAAGUUCCAGCUCUGUGGCUCUCUCGCUGCCUAUGGGGAGGCCUGCCGCUCCUUCGGGAUCCUCAGCACUGAGUGGAUAGAGAAGGAGAAUUGCUCAGGAGUGGUUGAAGAUCCCUGUAUGGGGGCUGACUGUCCCAACAGAAGCUGUGAGCUUGACAAUGGAGGGGAGCUGUGCGGUUGUAUCGAACCUCCACCCUAUGGAAACAACACGCAUGACAUCAUCGACGCAGAGGUGACCUGCAAAGCGGCACAGAUGGAAGUGUCCAUCUCCAAGUGCAAGCUCUUCCAGCUGGGCUUUGAGAGAGAAGGUGUGCGCGUGAAUGACCGCCACUGCCCUGGCAUCGAAGGAGAAGACUUCAUCUCCUUCCAGAUCAACAACACCAAGGGGAACUGCGGAAACAUUGUGCAGUCCAAUGGCACUCAUAUCAUGUACAAAAACACUGUGUGGAUUGAAAGUGCAAACAACACUGGAAACAUAAUCACCCGGGACCGAACCAUCAAUGUGGAAUUCUCGUGCGCGUAUGAGCUUGAUAUCAAAAUUUCUCUGGAUUCGGUAGUGAGGCCAAUGCUUAGUGUGAUUAACCUGACAGUCCCAACACAAGAAGGCAGUUUCACAACCAAGAUGGCAUUGUACAAAAACUCAUCCUAUAAGCACCCCUACCGGCAAGGUGAAGUGGUUCUAACCACUCGGGAUGUGCUUUAUGUCGGGGUCUUCGUUGUCGGGGCAGAUUCUACCCAUCUGAUUCUAACGCUGAACAAAUGUUAUGCAACCCCUUCUCGGGACAGCAAUGACAAACUCAGAUACUUCAUCAUUGAAGGCGGUUGCCAAAAUAUUAAGGAUAACACCAUUGGGAUUGAGGAGAAUGGGGUAUCCCUGACCUGUCGCUUCCAUGUCACCGUCUUCAAGUUCAUCGGGGAUUACGACGAGGUUCAUCUCCACUGCGCCGUCUCUCUCUGUGACUCGGAAAAAUACUCCUGCAAAAUAAACUGCCCCCAGAAUUCCAGGAUGGCCACUGAGUAUACCAAAGAGCCCAAGGAGCAGAUCAUCUCAGUAGGGCCCAUCCGGAGAAAGCGGUUAGACUGGUGCGAGGAUAAUGGAGGCUGCGAGCAGAUUUGCACGAGCAGGGUCGACGGGCCCCUGUGCAGCUGCGUUACUGGGAUGUUGCAAGAAGAUGGCAAGAGCUGCAGAGCUUCCAGCUGUUCUGUUGGACCUCAAGCCUGGCUCAUUCUUCUCCUCGUAACCCAGCUGUCACUAUGGCGCUUUAUCUAUAAAUCAGACCUGACCUCAUAAUCAAUUCAAGGCAUCUAUUUGAAGUACUGUAAUUUACUUACUCUGAAUCCCUGUAGGAUAAAAGCAUGUGCCCCUAACUCACAACCAGCAACAAAUGCUUUCAACUAUCACAAUGCUGAAGUCGAUUGCCUGGUACAACAAUUUAAAUGAUGCUAUGAGCUACUUCAAUACAAUUGGAGGUAACAGCAGCCAAAGUUUCAGGUAUGGAGCCACAGAAGAAAACACUUAACCAAGAUCUUCCUCCUUUCUCAAGUCUCCAUACUGCAGCCUUCUCAUAUUUAUUUCUGGCACCUCUUCGGCCUCUCUGCUCAUAGUAUUCCCUCUUGCUGUGUAGUGUUUCCCUUGACUUUGGAUCAGGCCCUAAGCUCUGACUAAGUUUCUCUCCUGACUACUCCCUCUAGCCUUGCCUGUUCUAGAGAAAUUUACUGGUGUAAGAACCAGUUUAGCCCUUACAGCACUUUGCACCACAAGGCUGUAUUUCAAUGGGGGUGCAAGAGUUGGUUGGAGCAGGCUAGGCUUUUAGCAGGCUAAAAAGCAGAUCAGCCUAAACCGGUUUGGUGCCACUGUGGAAACAGACAGAGGGUUCAACUAGUCAGCAAGGCCUUUUGAUCUCUCCCAGAACCCACUGCUUCUGGGAGUGGUGCUGAGAAUUAUGAGAGGCAAGGAAACUGUUUAGAACACCACUACUGUAGAUGCAGGGCGGGGUGUGUAUGCGUCUGAAAAGGUUCUUUAACCAAUUCAACAUUGCUAGUAUGGACGCAACGAACAGUUUGAAUUAUAACUGGUUCAGUCCACUAGUACAGUCACCACCUUCAUUUUCCUUCGGUAGCUCCCAUGUGUCCCCGACUAUCAAACAAACAGUCGUCUUACCCUUCAAACUCCUCCUCAGCUCCUCUUGCAAAUCCAUUUGAGACCCACAUUGCUCUCUAUUCUAAGUGUGUCAGUGAUCCUGCUUAAGUCCAGUGCUGCCUGUUCAUUUUCUUCUCAUCCUGUUUUAGUUGGU